CGUCUGCCGUGAAGAACAAAGAAGAAGGAGGCGAAGCGGGGGAGGAUGACGACGACCGGAAAUCGCCAUUUUCCCGUUGAGCAGUAACAGAAGAAAGAUCGAGAAACGUCGGCAAAGCUGAGCCAAGAUGGGGAACUUUUCCAGCCUCUUUAGGGGACUCUUUGGCAAGAAAGAGAUGAGAAUCCUGAUGGUGGGUCUAGAUGCUGCCGGUAAGACCACCAUCCUGUACAAGCUGAAGCUGGGAGAGAUCGUUACCACCAUCCCUACCAUCGGCUUUAACGUGGAGACCGUUGAGUUCAAGAAUAUCAGCUUCACGGUUUGGGACGUCGGUGGCCAGGACAAGAUCAGGCCGCUCUGGAGGCAUUAUUUCCAGAACACGCAAGGCCUCAUCUUUGUAGUGGACAGUAACGACAGGGAGCGAGUGGGGGAGGCCAAGGAGGAGCUGAUGCGAAUGCUGGCCGAAGACGAGCUGAGGGAUGCUGUGCUGCUUGUGUUCGCCAACAAACAGGACCUGCCAAAUGCCAUGAAUGCAGCUGAGAUCACCGACAAGCUGAGCCUCCACUCCCUCCGUCACCGUAACUGGUACAUCCAGGCCACAUGCGCCACCAGUGGGGAUGGUCUGUAUGAAGGUCUGGACUGGCUGUCGAGCCAGCUAAGGAACGCAAAGUGAUCAGUUUGUCCCCGUCCCCGUCUGUCCGCUCAGCCUGCAGCGUUCAUGGGAGGCUGCACCGGGCCUGGAUCUUCUUCUCUACUCUCCUUUUCCCUCCGUUUUUCUUUCACUUGUUAUUUUAUUUUCUGUUGGAGCUUUGGCCAGUGCGCCCCAAACAUCAGUUUACUGUAUGUACGUAUGUGUUUGUACAAGUAUUUUUGAAUGAACGAACGAAUGAAUGAACGAACGAACGAACGUGUAUGUGGGAGCGGUCCUGCUGUGCCUUGAACACAGUUAGCUCUCAGUCACCUUUCAUUCCUCCAGUGCCAGCACACACCCGAAGGCCGUUGGUACCCGCAAAAGCAAAAAGCAACGCACGAUGCUGAGCGCCGUGUCCUCCUAAAAGAAUGUCUAAGAAAAGAAGAAGAAAAAAAAAAUAACUCAAAUGGUAACAAUUCAGUUUUUACAUUUGCUGAUUCACUAGAGCCUUUUUUAAUAUUUGUUUAUUUACCUCACGAAGAUGCACUGUGUGUCACCCGAUAACCUGGAGCAGUUGAGGUCGACAACGAAUUUUAAACUGUUGCUGUCGUUUUUAAGAUCGAAAAAAAAAAGAAAAGAAAGAAAGAGGUAAACCACAGAAAGCACCUUUUUUAGUUUUGACUUUCCGCUCCGUGUUCUGCGGGUUUCCUAGUGAUCAGAAUGUAACUGCAUCCGGUGCCGGUUCAUGUGGGAAAGCUUCAGCAGCGGAGACCUCUUCCAUUCACUUCAGUCAUGUGUCCCGAUAAGAAACGUCGCUCUUCUGUCUGUUGAUUAAAUCUUUUUAUUUGUGGUCCCGCGUUAAAGGAUCAAAAGGGUCCACCCUGACUGGAUCCGGGAACGGCAAUAAAUGUCGCAGCGCAUGUUUACAUAUAUAGGGGAGUGUUAACUAUUGCAUGGUUUGUAUCCCGGAGGCCCGUGUGGUUUUCAGCUCCACCGAGCCUACGGCUAUGACAGCUUGCUCCCGCUCUGCCGUUUUAUUUAGAAAUAGGCUUAAUUUGCUCUUGUAAGUACAGUAGUUCAUUGGUUAGAGCCUGCUGUUUUUAACAAUGCUAUUAUUAUUAUUGUUGUUUAUGGUAGUCUGAGCUGCUGGGUGUGCUUUUUGUUUUUGGUUGAAAUCCUCUUUGGACCAAGUUGGUUUGAGAAAGAUCUUUUUUUAUUAUUUUUUAUUUGUCUGCAUUAGGAGAUUUGCAAGUUCCCCUUUUUUCGUUAUUUUUUGCUGUGUUAGAUGGUACCGGUUGAAUCGGAAGCGUAUGAAUCAGCCUUACAAAUACAUAUUUAAUGCUUCAGGGGCAGACUACUUCCUCUGUUUAUUUACAAGAAAGGGUUUGCUCAUAUUUUACAGCCACACCAGCUUGCGCAACACAGACUUGUGCGGCGACAGCUCUCUCAGCCAUGGCAGCGAACGCGCAUGCAGUAACACUCGCCAAUCGCUCUUCACCAGCAGAUAGUCGAAUGCGCUCGUUAGUUUAAGCAGAGUAGUCGCAGCCAUUUUCCCCCGCAAGUCUUCUGCUAUGAGAAAUAAAAGCAACCUUGAACAGUACACACUGAGUGAGGAUGACUGCACAGUUAUGUUACACUGACCUCAGAAGGGAGCUUCAGGUUCCCGUUUUUGUUUUUCUACAACUGGACAUUUAGAUGUUUUGAGUUUUUUUUUUUCUUUUCUUUUUUUUAAGUUGUAUUGAAAUAAUAAAAAAAAAAAUCUUUGUACUUAUGUCAGUAUAGCUUACAACAGUUUAGUCAAGUUGAACAAGCUGGAAAGAAAUUGAAAUUAUGAUAAACUGUAUUAAAGUGUUAACUUGAUGUCUUAUCCUUUUGGUCAGAUGUGAAGCUUUAAUUUUGCAGUAUCAUUUCUGUACAAAAGACUUGUGUUCAUAUAGUUCUUUCUCUCGUUUUUAUGCUUUAAAAAAAAAAGAAAACGAAAAACUUGUCCCGUAUCACCGGAUAAAUGCACUAUAAUAAAGAGAAUCUCUAUUGUA